ACUGCUAAGUGCUCCAAAUACCCUGUUCAAUGCCCUACUCCACAACUUAGUUCAUCAUCGAUAGUUGUAAUGAAACGUCGCGAAGUGAUGUAAGAAGUGAAAUAUGGCAUAAAGAUGAAAUCCACUAUAAUUUACAUAAUCUUGCUAAGUCGGGUUAUGUCGCAAACUGCUCCGAAUCCAGUGAACGAGAUAAACACGUUACAAGACGUGAUCGAAUCCGAUUUUCCCUUGCGAGAAACGGCGCCGAGUUCAAAAACGACUCCCGCAGUGUCGUCCGGAUACAAUCUUGAUGUCGCUCCUCCCACCGACCCGGACAAGACGCUGGAAGCGCGACAAGAAAAUUUCCGAGCAAUCUCACCAAUUUACUCGAUUGAAAAAACGAACGUUGAAAUAACUGAUGGAGACGUAGCAAAAAAUUCCCCUUCAUUUCGUAAAGGAAAUUCCACGCCGCCAAUAGAAAAUAAAAAUGAAAAUAAAGAUAGAAAUAACACAUCGAACGCGUCCCAUUUGGUGUGGGAUAAUUGUUACGAGACCACAUACAGAGAUAAUCGACAAGUCAACGCGCCGGUUCAUUACGACAUGGAAAACGCGCAUCGAUUGGAGAUCGAAAACGGUGGAAUGUUGAGAAAGAGGGAUUUUCUACAAAACAAUAAUUCCUUGGCUGUUAAAACGUGGUUAGAAAAGUAUAACAAUUUGAAAAACUCCAUAACAGGUCGUAAGACUACUUCAACGCAAGAAUCGGAGACAUUUUCAACGCCUCCGUCGACCUCCACUGAAUAUUCAGACGAGCCCUUCAUUGACAUCGACACGAUUGAAAUGAACUCGGUACAAAUCAUUCCAAUAACGAAAGAUAUUUUGAAGGAAUACGAAUACUCUGAGCCUUAUAAUGUGACUCUCGAUGUGCUUGUGACAGAAAAUAACAUCAAAGCGAGUUACACUGAAGAUUGGUUCGAAGAGGAGGACAGAACGAAAAUAAAAUUUACUAGUAUGCCUCAGACACAAACCUAUUUGAUACCAAAAUUCAAGCUUGAAGAGGGAUUUCACCCUUUUAGUUUUAUGUCACAGUUUUUUGCGAUGAUAUAUCCUUUCGAUUUUCCAGUCGGUCUUAUCAAGGAUAUUGUAUGGGGCAAAUUUACAUUCCCAUACUCAUUUUUACAGUCAAUCAAAAUGGAGUCAACAUUCCUAGCCUUCGUCAUCAUCUUCGCGUGUUUCGCGCUAGUCAUACCCAUGUACCUUCUGAUCCUGGGUCUGCUAUCCCUGCUGUCGAGCACCAACCGUGAGGAUGAACUGGAAUCUGGCGCCCUGUUCCCUGACGCUGAACCAGACUGCAAUGAUAAGAGUCUGGUGAUCGUGACCUUCCUGGUUGUUUUGUUGUGUGGAUCUCUCAUAUCAGGCAUGGUGCUCAGCAGCGAACAAUCUAGAAUAGCUGCAUCAGAUAGUCGGAACGUAGUUAGUUGUGCAUGUGCUGACAUUGCUGCAUGGCUUUCGGCAGCAGCCAGGGAGCUGCAUCAGGGUCUGGUACCACCGAUUGACAUGGUGCUGUAUGCUUAUAGGAAUGAUUUGAAACACGUGGACACUCUAUUGGGAGAUCCCAUACAACAAGCGAUUUCAUCAGAGAGCGGCAUCGAUUUCGUUCUGGAUUCUUUAAUGGAUAUUGUGAUAGAAAGCAAAGAAAUAUCGACAAAAAUAACGUCCCUACGGAACUACACAAUGAAGGCGAGGACGCUAGCCGCAAUGGCCGCGGACAGGAUACAGGAGCUGAAGCGACAAAUAGACAAUCUGAAGAAACUCUGCUCCAGCAAGGAUGCGCCCCUUUGUGAUACGAUCAACACCAACACGUUGAAACUACAGAUGCAGUUUGAUUCGAUACUACAAGAGCCUCAAUUAUUGGAGCUUAGAACGCUCGGCGUAGAAAACUUGACACAAGCGAUAGCGCAGGCGAGACAGGAGUUUGAAACUUUACCUUCCGCGAUACUCUCACAGACGGAAAGCGUUCGAGACGAUGUUAUUCGAGAUAUUGAAAUACGACGCCUUAUGGUUCAUAAUUCAGCAAAAAUAUUAAAAAAUAUAGUUCGACAUUUAACAUCUGGAUUGCACAGUUUGUCAAGAAAAUUGGAGCGUGGAUUGGAGAGAUUAGAAAGAUAUGAUUAUUGGAGAUGGGUUUUAAUGUUGGCAUGCACUGUAGCUUUCGGUUUUGUAAUGGUCCUCAUAUUCCUUGCUUUGCUUUGUGGUUGUGGCAACGCAAAAAUCCAUGCAAAGAGAACAUUGCAAAUAUCUUCAUUGUGGCUGUGCUUCGUUUCCCUUGUUUUAUGGUGCGUGAUAUCCGCCACAUUCCUUAUCGCAGGACACGCUGAGGUAUUCAUAUGUCAUGCGUUAUGGGACUCCCCGCAGUAUAGCACUCUGUCCUCACUGUUGGACCGACCCUCACCUCUUUUGCCACAUAAUGAGGGUAUUUUCGAUGUGCUACUGCGUGAACUAGAAAAUGUCACGAUUGAGGUCUCCGUCAGGGAUGUUUUGAGGGAUUGCGAAAAAAAUCAUCCCGCGUACGUAGUAUUUCAACUAGACAAAAUGUUAGACGUUAACAAAGAGACGUCAUACUUCGAGUGGGAGGAGCUGCAAGUAGAUUUGGACAGAUUAUCCGCUUCUAUCGAUGUCGGCUUCUUGAAGACGAUAUCGACUAACUUUAAUCGGUUAUUGCACGAUAUACUUGUUAUAUCCGAUGUUAAUAUGACCAAAUACAGGUUAGAAUACGACGGACCUGUCGUAGGGAAGGAUUUGCCUUCACUACUGGACCAGUUGGAAAACGUAGCGGCUCAAGUCACCGACUUGUCCACUGCGGGAAGGUUGGAAACAUUAGCUUCAAGAACCCAAAAAUUACACACCGCGAAUAUAAAACCACUGGAACAACUGCGAGCCAACUUAGUGUUCAGACUCACUGAGUUGGAGUUACAAUUGAUACCGUUUAGAAGAAAAUUAAAUAUAUCACUAAGCCACAUCCAUACAGCCCAGUUUUAUAUCAAUAACCAAGGGGAUGUUAUUGCUCAGAAGAAAGCGGCGACGUUCGUAUCGCGGCUGGUGUCGCACACGGCCGGCUGGCGGACACACGUGCUCACCUCCGCGGGGAAACAUGCGGGAAGAUGUAGACCGCUCUUCACCGUGUAUUCCGCUGUACGGUCCCUGCUGUGUACUAAAUAUGUUGCUUCUUUGCACGGCUGGUGGUUUUGUGGCGUACUUUUGGGAAUAUUCUGGUUCACCACACUCACACCGCUCUGUGUGAAACUCUGGAGAUCGUUUGGCAAAAAGAUCAGAGCAAUGGAAACUUUGAACCUCACCAAUUUGAGCCAGCAAGGAACACCGGCCACAGCUGUUUGCGACGACGGCAAUUGGACUGCUCCAGGGCCCCCACCACCAAGAAACGACAGUUGGUGAUAAAAAUACAUCCCAUAAUUGAAUUAAUAUAAAUUUGCUUCUGAUUUAAUUUAUCAUUCCCAUUAUAAAUACAAGCACAAAAUUUAUUACUAUAACCAUUUCUUGCUUUUAAGGAAUACUGCAUUUUUUAUGUUUUCUCGCAUUUAUAUAGUGAUUUUAAUUUUCUUUAAGAGUUUUGUUUAUAUAUGGUGUAUUUUGAAAUGUAACUUUUAGGUUCUUGAACGAAUUAAAUGUUUUAUGGAUUG